UGAAAACACGCCGAAUCAAUUUAAUUAAUUGGCAAAAUCUAUUUUUCUAGGGCCAGGGGGCAGAGGCCACCUGACCGUUCACCCCGUCCCAAACCCUGACCAGAACCCCGCCGCCGCCCUCCGUUCCCGACCGCCACCGUCUCCGGCGAUGUCGCACUUCAGGCGCUCCGGGGCGCCGGAGAACCGCGACUCCUUCUCCCUCCUCGUCCUCAACGUCUCCUUCCGCACUACGGCCGACGACCUCUUCCCGCUCUUCGAUCUCUACGGCGAUGUCGUCGACAUCUUCAUCCCGCGCGACCGCAGGACUGGAGAUUCGCGUGGCUUCGCGUUCGUGAGGUACAACUACGAGGACGAGGCGCAGAAGGCCGUCGACGGGCUUGAUGGGAGGAAGGUGGAUGGGAGGGUGAUCAUGGUGCAGUUUGCAAAGUACGGGCCCAAUGCUCAAAAGAUUCAUAGGGGUAGGAUUACAGAAGAAACUCCAAAGCCAAGGGGUCAUUUCAGAAGCCGCAGUCUGAGACGGAGGUAUCAAGAUGAUUAUCGGGACAGAGAUUACAGAAGGCAAAGCCGGAGCAGAAGUAGGGAGCGGUACGAACAGGACAGAUACAGAGAUAAUGAUUAUUGUCGCCUUAGCGGAACUCGCAGUAUUAGCCCUGAUUAUGACAGGAAGCAUACCAGAUACAGUCGCUCUCCUGCACGUAGAAGCCCUAGUCAUGGCAAAAGCCACUCUCCUCGUAGGGCACCUUCUCGUGAAGUAACUCCUAGCAGGCCCAGGGAUGGCCGCUCUCCACGUUCUGGACACCCUUGAGCCUACGCUGAAUAUCAUACACAGCUUCUCAUAAGGCAGCUUGAGUGCAGGGUGAGUGGACUAGAGCUUCGGCAAAAAAACAGCUUUUGGCUGCUUGGUUGCUAGAGCUAUAUGGUGGCGAUGGGGAAAUAUUCCAUGUAGCCUGUGACCUGUAUAUUUCUAGUUACACAUGAUGGAGCGAAGAGGUUUUUUUUUUUGGGGAUAAAGGGUCAGGAUGCAAGUUGAUGACGUGUCCUUGCAGUUGACAAUAGUACUUCUGGUUUUCUUUGGAUGAUGACAGUGGUCGUGCUGAUGAUGCUGAUCAUUUCACUGGCAUCCUUUGCUGUAUGUCAAGUGAGAGGUUCGACUGGCAGAUUGCUUAAUCAUUCUAAACCAUCUAUCAAGCACGGGUUGGCCGCUGAUAGGGCACUUUUUGGAGGUGGAAGAUUUGUAUGCGGUACGCCCCCAGCCGGCUGUAUUUUGUUACCCUUCUGUUCUCUUUCUGGGAUUCGAGAAAAUUGUGUCAGUUCGAGUU